GUUUUAGUGUCUUCCUUGUUUCGUUUAACUUUCCACCACCGUCUGCCUGUAAAAUACAGAGAAAAGUGAUCUCCAAACAACAAAUGGCAGAUCAGAUUGCUAGAGGAGAGGAAUUUGAGAAGAAAGCGGAGAAGAAGCUCAGCGGCUGGGGUCUAUUCGGCUCAAAGUUUGAAGACGCCGCUGAAUUGUUUGACAAAGCUGCCAAUUCUUUCAAGCUAGCCAAAUCAUGGGAUCGAGCUGGAGCAGUAUAUGUGAAACUAGCAAAUUGUCAUUUAAAAUCUGAUAGCAAACAUGAAGCAGCUAGUUCUUAUGCGGAUGCUGGUCAUUGCUAUAAAAAAAUAAAUUCCAAGGAGUCUGUUUCCUGCUUGGAGCAAUCUGUGAAUUUGUUUAUGGAGAUCGGGAGACUCAAUAUGGCUGCCAGAUACUACAAGGAAAUUGCUGAAAUUUCAGAAUCUGAACAUAACUUGGAGCAAGCUAUUGCCUACUAUGAAAAGGCUGCGGAUCUUUUCCAAAGUGAAGAUGUAUCUACUUCGGCAAACCAGUGCAGGCAGAAAAUUGCUCAAUUUGCCGCUCAAUUAGAACAGUAUCAGACAUCAAUUGAAAUAUAUGAAGAUAUUGCACGACAAUCAUUGAACAACAACUUGCUGAAGUAUGGAGUUAAAGGACAUCUUCUUAAUGCUGGGAUUUGCCAACUUUGUAAGGGGAAAGGGGAGACAGUUGCAAUCAGCAAUGCUUUAGAGCAAUAUCAGGACCUCGAUCCAACAUUUUCUGGGACACGUGAGUACAGAUUAUUGGCGGAUUUGGCUGAAGCAAUUGACCAAGAAGAUGUUGCAAAGUUCACUGAGGCAUUGAAGGAAUAUGACAGCAUGACUCAGCUGGAUGCUUGGAAGACAACACUUUUGCUGAGAGUGAAGGAUAUGUUGAAGGCUAAGGAGCUGGAGGAGGAUGAUCUUACAUAAUAAUAAUUAAAGAUUCAUUUGGUGGUUUCUUUUCUGUGUUUCUUACUGAUGAUAUGAUGAUUGAUACUUACUUGGAUUCUCUUUUGUGCUUUUACUUCUUUUUUUUUACAUUUUCCAUGAUUGGAACCUUAAAAUAUAUGAGUAUUGUUUUCUCCAUAGACCCACCUCACCUUAUUUAAGUUCUUUCUUAAAUAAAACUGGGUUAUAUAAUGGCAACCUAUAUUCUUAA